AUGGCAGAGACGACGUCACUCCGUGACUUGGAGUCUCUAUCAGUAUCCCCGGAACCCGAGAUGCCUUUGACCGUUUCUCCCGCAGAUACGUCAUUGGAUUCACCAGGUCCGGUGGACGAGGACAUGAAGGAAGACGAGAAGAAGCCCGCGAAGAAGAGAAAGUCCUGGGGUCAGGAACUACCAGUACCCAAGACCAACCUUCCUCCAAGGAAACGAGCCAAGACCGAAGAUGAAAAGGAACAGCGCCGUAUUGAGCGCGUUCUUCGCAAUCGUGCGGCCGCUCAAACAUCCCGCGAGCGCAAGCGUCUAGAGAUGGAGAAGCUGGAGACCGAGAAGAUCCGCAUGGAGCAACAAAAUCAGUUCCUCCUGCAGCGCCUUUCGCAGAUGGAAGCCGAGAACAACCGCCUGUCCCAACAGGUUGCUCAGCUCUCUGCCGAGGUGCGCGGCUCUCGUAGCAGCACUCCCGUCAAGGCCGGCUCUCCGGUUCCCAACUCCUCCGCCACGACCACCUCCCCUACUCUUACUCCUACCCUCUUCAAACAAGAAGGCGAAGAACUCCAAAUGGAGCGUAUUCCUUUCCCUACCCCUUCCACCAUCACCCUCGACUACUCCCCAACUCUCAAGCCCUCCACUCUGGCUGAGGCCACCCCCGACGUGACACAACAUCCUGCCGCGAUGUUGUGCCCAUCAGACCUGCAGUGUCCGUCGGCGGCCUCGAAGGAGCAGGAGCACUCCCUCUCUUCGACCUCGAGCUUCCAGCUCACUCUAGCAACGACGUUGCAGCUCCUCUUUCUGACGAUGACUUCCGUCGCCUCUUCCACAGUGACAUUCCCACUGCUUCGCAUCCUUCAUUCCCUGAAGACGGGUUCGCCUUUGGCGCUCUCGACGGCGGAGAUCUAUCAGCAUUUCCCUUUGAUUCAUUGGUUGAUUUCGACCCCGAGUCUGUCGCCCUCGACGGCGACCGGCCCGUCCUUUCGGAUGAGACUGCUCACCCGACUGCUUGCAUGCAGCCCAGCCUUGGCGCGUCCACUUCGCGAUGCGACGGGCAGAGCAUUGCAGCUAGCGGUUAGGGAGCAGAUGAUCAGCCCGCGGGGGACGGUGUCGGCCACGUCUGAGGGUCAGCAGAAUUGGAUGUCCUUGUUGACCAUGGCCUGGGCAAUUGAUAGUAUCACCAGCCAGUCGCGACGACGCGGGCGGACCACUGGAGCAGUUUCAUCAUUAUCAUCAUCAUCAUCACUGUCGGCUGUGAAGGGGGCUGGGAUUGGCAAGAUUCAAUCUCGGGUCUCUUCAUCUGGGCGACGACGCAGUUACGGAAAGAUGUGUCAAACUCAUCAUCAACAUCAACGGAGUACACGGAGUUCCUGGAGUUCAUCAACUGGUACGGGCGAGACAAUGUCGUCGGUGCUUAUGGGUAAGCAGCUAUAA